AUGUCCGCAAGCGACUACAGUUUCUCCACUUGCUUGGCGCUUUUGGAGGACUACUUUUCCGAUGCAGAGCAUCCCAGGCAAUCCACUCAGGAUGCGGCAAUCUCUCAGGCUGAUGCUUACUUCAACCUCGGUGCCUUCGGCUUUGACGACGGCAAACGAGUGGGCAUCUUUCAGCGUACAGAGCAAUUCUCCGAUAUCGUGCGCUUUUUGAACUCAUUUCUUUCUCUGCUUUUCCCGGAAGGCACAUGGUCUUCGAUCUGUGUGAGCCACAACGUUCGCACGCUUUUACAUACUGAUGCAGGUAACCAGCCAGGCAGCACUAACUUUUCAGUUUCACUGGGCAACUUUUGUGGUGGCGAAGUAUGGAUGACACCGCCUCUGAACGCGACCUCUCCACUGGUGCCAGCCCCUCCCGAUUCAAGCUCAGAAAGUUUUUCCAGCUCUGAGGUUCCGCGUGGCGAGCUCAUUGAUACCUUUGAAAGAGGCACUGCCUUCCCCUGCGAACACAUUCACUGCACACGCCCCUUUUCAGGCGACAGAUGGGUUCUUACAGCCUACACGUGUCGGGGCCUGUCAAGUUUCACUCCCGAGCAUCUCUCAUAUAUACGCUCCCUUGGCUUUCCGCUUCCAGGGGAAAAGCAGGAGCCUACAGCUCAGCCACCAAUGCCUACAGAGCAGGCUACGCAACCGUUCGCACGGGCCGAGCCCGGCUUCUUUCUCGAUGUUUGUUGUGGAGCCAAUGCCCCACUUUCAGAACAGUUGCGACUUUCAGGUAUUCAAUGCGUCUGUGUUGACGCACUGGGCUCAGAGCCGCUUGAUCUGCUUGAGGACUCCACUUACGACAACAUUCUUCGUCUAGCUUUUUCAGGGGUAGUACGGAUGGCUCACGCUGCCCCACCAUGCAAGGAGUACUCCCGCUUGAAGCUCAGACCGGGUGGCCCUUCGGCCAUUCGAAGUCCAGAGUUUCUCAACGGCUUUCCAGAGAAUACCCCAGAACAGCAGCAACGGGUCCUUACCAGUCAGAAGCUGAUGUAUCGCUCAGUGUGUAUCUUACGCGCUGUCUUCGCAUCUGGAGGACAUGUCUCCCUGGAGCAACCAGCCAACUCUAUGGCCUGGCUCGAGCCCUUUGUUCAGGACUUCCUCUCGGAGACACAAGCCACGCUUUCUGUCGUGGCUGCUUGUUCAGUGGGUCUGGAUGUGGCAAAGCAAUGGUUGUUUGCUUCCAGCUUUGCCUCACUUAAGGCGAUGGCUGCUACAUGCUCCCACCAGGACAAACACGCUUCAGUCAUCGGCACAAGAGACGCACAAGGGAACUUCCUGUCCCAGCGUACCGCGGCAUACCCCACCGCUUUGGCAGUGCCCUACAGCAAGCUUGUCCACCCACUGUUCGAGGGCUACUGUACACAUGAUAAGCUUGAACUGUGCUCUCUCAGCUUCGCUCUACAGUGUAUACCCCGCAAAGGACGCAGUGCACCCCCUUUUGGUGCACAGGAUGGCGGUGGCAUCUACUCCACCCCGGACUGGUCCUACGGCCCCAGGUACCACUCAGAUCUGUUGCGUGACCUGCGUAAGGAAUGGCAGCAGUGGCUAUUGGAGAAGCACAUCCCCGCAAGACUCGCUCAACACGUUGCGGAGCAUCGCGAGUCACCACUUUUCUCUGAUAGCGAGACUGCUUGGCUUCAGCAAUCUUUCAAACGCUUCUCCGACAGCCACUCGCUUUCUAAGGUUGUUCCAGACUUGGAAACUGCUUUUCAGCGUUGGGGCAAAGAGCGAGUUGCGGUCGGAAAGGUCAACAUUGUCAAGGACAUCCAGGCCUCCUUCCCACUUAGAGAGGACAACUCUGAAGUGCGAGGCUUCAGCUUGGAUGUCAAAGGGGCUCACAAGACAAGCAGGGUUCGCGAGAAAGACAUCGGCCUCCUGGGCAUGCGACAGCAGGAGCGCUUGCUUUUCUACAAGGUCUGUCCUUUUGGGGCUACGUUUUCCAGCCAUUGGUUUGCCCGCAUUGGCGGCUUCUUCACCAGAUGCUUACACCUACUUAUCUGGCUUUCGCAUGUUCUCCUGCUAUAUGUCGAUGAUCUACUGCUUUUUCAGAACAGCACAACCUUGCCACUUUCGGCAUCGCUUACACUGGCCUUUUGUGCAUGCUUUGGAAUUCCGCUUUCUUGGAAAAAGCUUCAGCUGGGGCAAACCAUAACGUGGAUUGGCUGGGAGAUCAACCUUUCCUCAGCUUGCUUCUCGCUUCCCGAAUCCAAGCGUACCAAGCUUUAUGAGCUCGUUUCGGAAUGCCUUCGUCAUCGACAGGUCUCCCGCAAGCUGCUUGACAAGCUCCUGGGCCUACUUCAGUGGAUUCUGUACGGCAUGCCCACUUUGAGGCCUUGGCUGUCCUCUCUCUACGACGACAUGCACAGGCCGCUUGGUACCAAUGUCAGUGUCAGCCCCACUUUGUGGGCUGGCAUUGGCAGCCACCUGGAUGAGGAACUCCGCUUUACAUCGCCGCCUCCAAGUACGGCGGUAAGUAAAGGAGCCAAGCUUUUGUCUGCACGUCAUGUCGAUUUGCUUACCAAGGCCGAUCUCUCAAAGGUUCCUGUAAGCACCAAGAGAAUAUGGAUGCGGAUCGCUGAUCCUACUUCCUCUCGGAGAAAGCUUUGUCAGGACAGCGUGGCUGUUCUCCGCUUCUUUCAGCACCUGAGCUCUGUCGAGUGGCGUCCUCGCCCGCUUAGGCCACCUGCCUUGGUGGCUAUGGAAACUGCGGCAGACGCCUUUGGCAAGGGUAACCAAUGCGGGGUAGGAGGCUGGCUCAAGUUUCCCAGUGGUCGUAUGGUAUGGUUUUCUCAGCUUUUUGAUGUGCAGCAGUUCACAGCUUUGGGCAUACCUGUGCAAAGUGAUGCCAACCUUGACAUCUCCAGCUACGAGACCCUGGCACAGUGCUUUAUUCUGCUUGCUUUCUGGAAAUUCUCAGGUGCCGGCCGCUUGGCUUUAAAACUUCCAGCCCUCAGUGAUAACAGUGGGGCCGAGUCUGUGUGCAACAAGCUGUACACCUCUAAAACCCCCUUGAAUCUUUUUGUGCGCAAGCUUUGCAUGUGGAGCUCUCUUUCGGGCAUCACACUGGACUGCAGCCACAUCGCUGGCGAGAAGAAUGAUGACGCCGACUUUCUUUCCAGAUGGGAUGGCAACAAC